GUCAAAGUUUGUUUUGAUGUUUAUGUCGCGUCAGCUAAAAAAACCUACUUUUGCGUUUAUUUCUUGAUAAAUUAUUGAUAAAAGUUAUAUUAUUUCUUUAAUUAUACAUAUCCAAUGGAGUUAAAAACCUUUGGAGAAGAUGAUUUUGAUCCCAAAAAAUGGAUAAACAGGGCAUGGAGUUCAAGCGGGAACCAGGAGAAAGAGGUGUUUGUAGCAAACACAGUGUCGAGACUACAACUCUACAUGAAGCAACUUACCAACUCGCUGGAUGAGACAACCACACAAAUAGUAAACUCAAUACCCCGCACCCUGCAAGAUGCCGCGGCGCUCCAACUGGAGGGAGCCCUACUGCAGCAGCAGCUCCUGUCGCUUGAGGAGAAGGUGGAAGGAGUGGAGGAGCAGACGGGGCACUCUAUACUCAGCCUGCAGCGGAUCGACCAGCUGAAGAGUCGGUUAGAGAACGCAGCUUCGGCGCUCCGCGAGGCAGAUAAAUGGGCAGCCCUGGCGACCGCUUUAGAAGAUGUGCUUGAAUCCGGUGUACCCAACAAACCAGAGGAGUUGGAGGCCCUGGCAGGACAGGUCACAGCCCUGACACACAGUCUUGAGGUGUUAACAGAAGCUUCAGACUAUGAAAGCAAGCGUUUGCAGUUGGAGGCGCUUUAUAACCGGCUCGAAGCUGCGCUGAGCGCGCCCUUCCUUACAGCACUCGAUCAAGGAGACAAGGAACGCACGGCAUGCUACGUGUCCCUAUUCCGCGGCAUGAAUCGCGCGUCGUCCGCCGCGCGAUGUUGGCGACGCUCUGUCUGCGCGUCACUGGCGACGCAAUGGCGCCGGUCGGCGGGACAGCCGUCGCCAAGAGUCGCCGCGCUCGCAGGGAAGGGAGAGGCACACACGCAUGUGGAGUGGCUGACCAAUGUGCUGAAAUCGGAGACUCCGUACGCUGAACUGGUGCGGUUAUAUACGGACUUAUUGCACUCGUUAGACCCCUCGCCUGCUAAGGUGGUGUCAGCGAGCCUCAAACUGUGCUCGGACCCCGACGAGGGCAUACUCCUCCUGACCGAGCUGAGGCGAGAUAUCGACGAGUUCCUCGCCUCCAUUAGAGCCGUCAUCGAUGAACCUGCCAAGAAUAAAGAAGUGGUACCAACGUCCACACUACAAGAGUUAGGCAUCGCCGCCUACGCUCCACUCAAAGAAUUGUUGCCUAAAUACACCGAUUUGCAGAGACAAGUGUUCUUAACGUACCUAGAAGGCCCGCAACUGAGACAGGACGACAUCUUGGAACAAUCACGUGCAAUAUUAACGGUAUCCGAGAGGUGUGAGGGUUGGCUCGACACGGCUUACGGGAAAGCCAAGAAGAUCGCAGGCGACGCCGCGUGGCCGCACUAUGCUCCCACUGUCGAGGCAUUCUUCACCGCCCUAUGCGGGCUAAUAUCAUCCCACAGCCGGCGCAUAGAGCAGGAAUUCCACACGAGCAGGGGCGGAGUCCUGAGCGCAGCGUGCCCGGCCGCCGUCACCCUGGAGCGGGCCGCCGCUCAAGCCCUAGAGGCUGCGGGGACACCACAAACAUAUGACUCAGAGCAACCGGCACACCCGCUGACCGACCUGCCGGCCCUGCUGCUGGACGCGGAUGCCCGCUGUAACCUGGCGGCGAGGAGGGCGGAGCCCCCGGGCGCGGCGGCGGCGCUGAGGCGCGCCGCCGCGCAGCUGCGCGCGCUCGCCCGAGCCAUCGUGCGCGGCCCCGUCGACGCGCAACUCGAUAAAAUCCCAUCGCUGAACGUAUGGAGCAACAACGACGCCCUCUCUACUGACUUGCCAGAUUUCUCGCUGUCACCACAGGAGUAUAUCACUGAGAUCGGUCAAUAUCUGAUGACGCUACCGCAACACCUGGAGAUGCAUCUGUCAGAGAAGCAGGCGCCGUGGCAGUUUCUAUCUGAGAUUUGCACGCACACAUGCGAGGUGUACGCGGAGAAGAUUUUAAACAUCAGAAACAUGGACGCACUAGGGACCAAGCGUUGCCUCACAGACAUAGUGUACCUAUCCAGCGUAGUUGAAGACCUCGGGACCGCGGUGACGCCAUCUUUGAAAAACCUAGAGCGAUCACUGCGCGCUGCCACGCCGCAACACGAAUAAACCUCACAACGCCCAGUGGCCAAUAUAAUGUACACAGUGGCGGAUUUGCAGUCUUUGCCGCCCUAGGCCCCAGGCCCUGUAGCCGCCCCUAUCUCAGCACCCUUCAUAUUGACUACAUUUUGAGUUAUACAGGGUGAUUUUUGGACGGAUAGCCAUAUUGUGCGAGGUGAUUAGGUAGGCUAUACUGAACAACUGUUUCUAUGAGACCAACUCCGAAAUCAGAAAAUGUUUUUUGACCGUUUCAUACAUUUUUGUCGUCGACGUUUUUUAUGGAAAGGUCAAAUUUUUUUUUUGGGAUUUCGGGGUUGGUCCCAUAGAUAAAGUUGUUCAGCAUGACCUACCUAAUCACCUCGCACAAUAUGGCUAACGGUCCAAAAAUGACGGCCCAAAGGGUAAAACGGGACCCUAUUACUAAGACUUCGCUGUCCGUCCGUCCGUCCGUCCGUCCGUCCGUCUGUCUGUCACCAGGCUGUAUCUCACGAACCGUGAUAGCUAGAUAGUUGAAAUUUUCACAGAUGAUGUAUUUCUGUUGCCGCUAUAACAACAAAUACUAAAAACAGAAUAAAAUAAAGAUUUAAAUGGGGCUCCCAUACAACAAACGUGAUUUUUGACCAAAGUUAAGCAACGUCGGGCGUGGUCAGUACUUGGAUGGGUGACCGUUUUUUUUUUGCAUAUUUUUCCGUUUAUUUUGCAUUAUGGUACGGAACCCUUCGUGCGCGAGUCCGACUCGCACUUGCCCGGUUUUUGUCACAAUUUGCCGCUCUAGGCCAGGCCUUAGGGCAAAUCCGGCGCUGAAUGUACUGAUACAGAUGUAGUGUAUAAUUAUUUUCCUAUGUAUUUUCACGGAAAUGUACGAACGUGUCUUGCUAUUUCAGUCAGUCUCGGUACAAAAAGUACUGAGGUUGAUUGAAGUAGCAUGACAAAUACGAACGUUUCUGAGAAAAUACGAAGGAAAGCAAAUUAUGUAGGAAUACCACGGUAUAGUGACGCCAUCUUUGAAGAACCUCGAGCGACGCCCAGUGUUCAAUAUUACUGUAUAUGUAUCUACAUUUUAUUUAAAUCAAAUAUAGAUAUUUUGCAAAAUGUGUUCUUUUUAAGGUUCCGUACCCAAAGGGUAAAACGGGACCCUAUUACUAAGACUUCGCUGUCCGUCCGUCCGUCUGUCACCAGGCUGUGUCUCACGAACCGUGAUAGCUAGACAGUUGAAAUUUUCACAGAUGAUGUAUUUCUGUUGCCGCUAUAACAACAAAUACUAAAAACAGAAUAAAAUAAAGAUUUAAAUGGGGCUCCCAUACAACAAACGUGAUUUUUGACCAAAGUUAAGCAACGUCGGGAGUGGUCAGUACUUGGAUGGGUGACCGUUUUUUUUUUUUGCUUUUUUUUGUUUUUUUUUUGCAUUAUGUUACGGAACCCGUCGUGCGCGAGUCCGACUCGCACUUGCCCGGUUUUUUUAAUCCAAAUAUUACUAAGCCAGUAUUAAGUAAAAAAUAUAAGAUAUGAUCUUAGCGAAGGGUCAUAUGAGCCGGUUAAUGCCUACCGGUAAUGCCGUGACGGGAUUAUUCCUUCUAUAGUUCGUUUUUUUUUAGCAUUAGAAAUAAGGUAAACAAACUUGAUGUGUCUUUUAUUUGAAAAACACAAUUUAUAAAUAAGAUACGGCAGAUAUGUAACAUUUAUGAAUCUAAUACGAUCAUUUAUAUUGUUCUGCUUUCAUAAGUAAUAGUUACUGAUUUUUAAAAAGCGUUUUUGAAUUAAAUGACAUGUCAAAAUCGCUUACCCUCUUCCAAGUUCUUUCUAAUGCUAAAAAAAACGAACUAUAGUUACCACCAAGUUGUUACCAGUGGUAACUGCUGGGAUUUUUUUACCACUGGUAACUACUGGGUAAAUAAUUUAGUAACUACUGGAAACUUUUUCCCAGUAGUUACCACCAAACCUUAGAGAAUAUAACCAAACGGAGUGGCCAUUAACAGGCGUUCCCCUCUGUCGGAAAAAUUGUGCAGUUAAAAUUACCAUUAGCCCCAAAAACUCAGGUAACUAGAAGAAAACAAUCUACUAACAUCAUAGCCAGAUUAAGCAAGAGUAAAAACAGGUAGUGUGUAGCAGUGGCAUGUGCAUAAAACGAAUGAUCUUUACGACGCCCAGUGUCAGUGGCGGAUUAGCUCCAAAGCCCAGUAGGCCCGGGCCUAGAGCGCCAAGAUAUUAGGGGCGGCAGUCUAUAGAUAGGUGCUGAGAAAGGGGCGGCUAGUAGUUAGUAGUUACUACAGGGCCUAGGGCUUAGAGCGGCCAACACUGCAAAUCGCCGACUCGUACGGUUUUUGAACUACAAGCCAAAAACUGAAAAAGAGCAAAAAUUUUUUCCGCAACUCCUGGAAUGGAGCAAACUCGGAUUACGCUAAUUUAGAACCAAAUGAAGGCAUUAAGACGAUCCAGCUUGCUGGGAAUUAAUUCCUGGAAAAAAUCUAAUUUGAUUGACCUAUAGCAUAGCAGAUAGGUACUAAAAAGCCUGAGAAAUUCAAAUUUUCUAUGGGGAGAUAACCCUUCGCGGCCUAUAUUUGUCUUUACCGCUUUUUUCUACUGGCGGAAAUGCCGUGACAGGCUAUAUAUUAUUUGAUAUAAAUCUAGGUAGGUAUUUAUGAUAUGCAAGUGAUUUUUUUAGGAAAAAAAAACCGACUUCCAUGGGGGCCGAUGAAAGAUUAUUGUGGAUGGUACACUAUGUAGAAAAGGAGGUAAAACCACCCACUUUUUUACUAGCAUUUCGCUUCUG